AUGGUGGCCUCUUUUGGAUCUCUUAUUUUUCUGGGGGGCUCUCUGCAUCCAUUGGAUGCCACUCAAGGCACAACUGCUGCAUCAAAAGGAACAACACCAUGGGGAACACAUGAAUCAUCUUCCCUGGACUAUCGUCUCUAUCCUUCUUGCUGGCCUUUGCUCUCCUCUGCUCUGACUUCCU